AUGGUUCAAUCUUCCGUUCUGGGUUUCCCUCGUAUGGGAAAGCUUCGUGACCUGAAGAAGGCCACUGAAGCCUACUGGGGUGGCAAGAUUUCCCGUGAUGACUUGCUGGCCGAGGGUAAGCGCCUCCGCCAGGAGCACUGGAAGAUCCAGAAGGAUGCCGGUGUCGACAUCAUCCCCAGCAACGACUUUGCCUUCUACGACCAGGUCCUCGACCACAUCCAGCUCUUCGGUGUCAUUCCCGAGCGCUACAGCAAGUACAACCUCCACCCCGUCGAUGAGUACUUCGCCAUGGGCCGUGGUCUGCAGAAGCCCGACGAGGGUGUCGAUGUUCCCAGCUUGGAAAUGGUGAAAUGGUUUGACUCCAACUACCACUACGUCAAGCCUACCCUGCAGGACAACCAGACCUUCAAGCUGGCUGCCAACCCCAAGCCUGUGGUUGAGUUCCUGGAGGCCAAGGAGGCCGGUGUGGUGACCCGCCCCGUCAUCCUGGGUCCCGUCAGCUUCCUCGUCCUCGCCAAGGCCGACCGUGGCCAGAGCGUUGAUCCCAUCACUCAGCUGGACAACCUCCUCCCCGUCUAUGUGGAGCUUCUGAACAAGCUGAAGGCCGCUGGUGUUGAGGAUGUCCAGAUUGACGAGCCUAUCCUCGUCUUCGACCUUGCCGCCAAGGCCAAGGCUGCCUUCAAGCCGGCCUACGAGAAGCUGGGCAACCUGGGUGCCCAGGCUCCUCGUCUGACCCUCGCCACCUACUUCGGUGACAUUGUCCACAACAUCGACGUCCUCUCUUCCCUGCAGAACCUCCACGGCAUCCACGUUGACCUGGUCCGCAACCCCGAGCAGCUCGACACUGUCAUUGGUGCUCUGGGCCCCAACCAGGUCCUCUCGGCCGGUGUCGUUGACGGCCGUAACAUCUGGAAGACCAAUUUCCAGGCCGCCAUCGAGAAGGUUGAGCUUGCCAUCCAGAAGCUGGGCAAGGACCGCGUCAUCGUGGCCACCUCUAGCUCCCUCCUGCACGUUCCCCACACUCUUGCCAGCGAGAAGAACCUCGAUGCUGAGAUCCGUGACUGGUUCAGCUUUGCUGUCGAGAAGACCGCUGAGGUGGUCAUCAUUGCCAAGGCUGUGACCGAGGGUCCUGCCUCCGUCAAGGAGCAGCUGGAGGCCAACGCCAAGUCGGUCCAGUCUCGUGCCUCGUCCAAGCGCACCAACGACCCUGCUGUCAAGGCCCGCCAGGCCUCGGUCACCCCGGAGCAGCACAACCGCAAGUCUCCCUUCCCUGUCCGCCACGCUGAGCAAGGAAAGUCCAUCAACCUUCCUCUCUUCCCCACGACCACCAUCGGCUCCUUCCCUCAGACCAAGGAGAUCCGUAUUCAGCGCAACAAGUUCACCAAGGGCGAGAUCACCCCUGAGGAGUACGAGAAGUUCAUCGAGAAGGAGAUCCAGGACGUCAUCAAGAUCCAGGAGGAGCUCGACCUAGAUGUCUUCGUCCACGGUGAGCCUGAGCGUAACGACAUGGUGCAGUACUUCGGUGAGCGCCUGACCGGCUACGUUUUCACCACUCACGCCUGGGUGCAAUCUUACGGCUCUCGUUGCGUGCGUCCCCCCAUCAUCGUGGGUGACGUCUCGCGUCCCGCUCCCAUGACCGUCAAGGAGUCGAAGUACGCUGUCUCGAUCUCCAAGAAGCCCUGCAAGGGUAUGAUCACUGGACCCGUCACUUGCCUGCGGUGGUCGUUCCCCCGUGACGACGUCCACCAGUCUGUCCAGGCCCAGCAGCUGGCCCUGGCUCUCCGCGACGAGGUCGUUGACCUCGAGGCGGCUGGUAUCCAGGUCAUCCAGGUAGACGAGCCCGCUCUGCGUGAGGGUCUGCCCCUCCGUGCCGGUGCUGAGCGUGAGGCCUACCUCAAGUGGGCUGUCGACGCUUUCCGCCUGGCCACCGCCGGUGUCACCGACAACACCCAGGUCCACUCCCACUUCUGCUACUCGGAGUUCCAGGACUUCUUCCACGCCAUUGCCGCGCUGGAUGCUGAUGUUCUGUCCAUUGAGAACAGCAAGUCGGACGCCAAGCUGCUCAAGGUGUUCAUUGACGAGGCCUACCCCCGUCACAUCGGCCCCGGUGUCUACGACAUCCACUCGCCGCGUGUCCCCAGCGAGCAGGAGAUCAAGGACCGCAUCGAGGAGAUGCUGCAGUACCUGCGCCCCGACCAGCUCUGGGUCAACCCUGACUGCGGUCUGAAGACGCGCCAGUGGCCCGAGACCAAGGCUGCCAUCACCAACAUGAACAACGCGGCCAAGUACUUCCGCCAGAAGUACUCUUCUUAA